GAGGGCGAGACUGCUCACGUGACCCAGCAAGAUGGCGACCACGGGGCAGAGUGGAUGUGAGAAUCUCAACUAAGCAGGCUCUCCGUUUUUUUUUUUUUAAACUGGGGAUUUGGAUCUGCUGAUUAAUUGUUGUCCAUCAUCAUCAUCAUCAUCAUCGCACCAGAGAAUCAAGAUGGCCCUAAAUGUGUUUGAUCAUGACGAAUACCGGCCACCGGUGUGGAAGUCUUACUUGUACCAGCUCCAGCAGGAGGCGCCUCACCCACGCAGACUCACCUGCACCUGUGAGGUGGACAACCGGCCUAAAUACUAUGGGAGAGAGUACCACGGGAUGAUCUCGAGAGAAGAGGCCGACCAGUCGCUGAGUCAGGCCGAAGGCAGCUACCUCAUCAGAGAGAGUCAGAGACAGCCUGGCACAUACACACUGGCUCUAAGGUUCGGGAACCAGACGAGAAACUUCCGUCUCUACCACGACGGGAAACACUUUGUCGGAGAGAAGAGGUUCGAGUCCAUCCACGACCUGGUCACGGACGGCCUGAUCACGCUCUACAUUGAGACAAAGGCAGCGGAGUACAUCGCCAAGAUGACCAUAAACCCCAUCUAUGAACACGUGGGCUACACCACCCUGAACCAGGAGCCCACCCUGAAGAAACAUCUGCCACUCAGCCCAGAGCGCCCUGACGGACCUGCUCCGGCCAAAGAUGACUGCAAUGCAGAGGAGAGGCUCACAUCGCUGGUGCGGCGGGCGACCCUGAGGGAGAGCGACUUGGCGCCCAAGUACGAGAAGGUCCACAACUUCAAGGUUCACACUUUCAGGGGCCCCCACUGGUGCGAGUACUGUGCCAACUUCAUGUGGGGUCUCAUCGCUCAGGGAGUGAAGUGUGCAGACUGCGGGUUGAAUGUCCAUAAGCAGUGCUCCAAAGUCGUGCCCAACGACUGUCAGCCGGACCUGCGGCACGUCAAGAAGGUGUACAGCUGCGACCUGACCACGCUGGUCAAAGCCCACAACGCCAAGAGACCCAUGGUGGUCGAUAUGUGCAUACAGGAAAUCGAGGCCAGAGGUCUGCAGUCAGAGGGGUUGUACAGAAUAUCAGGCUUCAGUGAGCUGAUUGAAGAUGUCAAGCUGGCUUUUGACAGAGACGGAGAGAAGGCGGACAUUUCCUCAAAUGCUUACGAGGACAUCAACAUCAUCACUGGAGCCCUCAAACUCUACUUCAGAGAGCUGCCUAUCCCCCUCAUCACUUAUGAUGCUUACCCACACUUCAUAGAAACAGCAAAGAUUUCGGACCCAGAAAAACGGCUGGAGUCUCUCAACGAGUCCUUGAAGCUGCUGCCGCCUGCUCACUGCGAGUCACUGCGAUACCUCAUGGGUCACCUCAAGAGGGUGACCCAGUGCGAGAAGGACAACCUCAUGCCCAGCGAGAACCUGGGCAUCGUCUUCGGCCCGACGCUCAUGAGGGCCCCCGACUUGGACGCCAUGACGGCGCUCAACGACAUCCGAUACCAGAGACUAGUGGUGGAAAUGCUCAUUACCAAUGAAGACGUGCUGUUCUGAGAGGGAGGGAAAGGACAGAAAGAGCGGGACGAUGCUCAAGCAGUUACGCGUCGUGAAAAGACAGAGGAAAAAAGUGACCUGCUGACUUUUGACGUGGAAAUGAAGGAGAAACGUCUGCGUGGAUAAAAGGAGCUAUGAAGGAGGAGGCUAUUUGCAAAGAAGAAAUAAAAAUAAAGAUGGAAGGAUGCAGUGUUUCCCUUCAUUUUUGAUUCAUAAACAAACUUGAAGCUUCCAAAAAUUGCAACGCUAUAACUGUACAAAAAGGACUUACUGGAACACUGAAUACUGGGAAGGACAAUAAUUUUCAUCUCUAAGUUCAUAUCUUCUCUUUCUUAAAUGGAUGCCUUGACUUUUUUUUUUAUUGUACAUUUUUUUUUACCCUGCUUAUUAGACGUCUUGCUCUUCUGGGGAGAAAGAAAAUCAGCUUCAUUUACAAGAAAACCUUGGGUUGGCAUUGAAACCAAAGUGUUAGCCACGAGCAAACAAAAAAAAGACACCAGUUGUUGUCUGCUGUCAAGGUGUCCAUUUAAUCCUCGCUGAGCGUAGAAGAAGAAGCACUGACGUCCGAAGCGUAGGCAGCUGGAUGGAUGAAAGAAUCACUCACUCAUUCCUCCCUAUGGAAUUUAAGUGACUUGGACCUAUUGUGUUUUGAUUUCCUGCUUCAAAGCUUCUUUUUGUCUUUACAGCUCCUGCUUCCAUUCACCGAUGUGUAAUUAUGCAGUAAUCCUUCUCUAACAUAGAUUUUUAUUUUAGUUGCUAAAAUAGGAAAUCAAUGCCCACUUAUCCCUUGUUUCAUGUCACAUUAUAAGCUUUUGUUUAAGACAUUUUUGCUGUGUUAAAACACUCGGUGUUUGAGCUGUGAAUCGAGCGAAGGCAUGUUUUUUCCCACUAUUUCCGAACGAAUCCUGUGUUCUCCCUCCUCUCCGCCUGCCUGCUUUGCCUCUGAGGGAGAAAAACCUCUUGAAAAAUAACAACGCAGUCCAUUUAUAGCAAGAAGUGUUGGGGAAAGUUUCAGCAGUGAGCAAAUGUAAAUGUAGCCUCUUCCAGUUCACGAUCUGAGCCUUAUUGACAUAUUUUCUCCUAAUUCGCAAACUAAAAUCAACGCUAACUAACUAACAACGCUAACUAACUAAUUCAACAAAGACAACAUUACAGACACGGCAUUAACCUGGCAGCUUGUUUUCAUUUCAUAUCUCAUUAAAGACGGCUUUAGUUGUCGUGUUACCCCGGUGACGUGAAGAGAGGGACGCAUCAUAUGUGACUUGAAAUAUGUGAAACGGUGCUUUACGUUGUUUUUGCUUUUGUUGGUCGUUUUUUAUAAAGCAGUAUUGUACUUUAGCAGGGCUGGGCAAGAAGAUUUCCCUCUGUAAAUCCAAUGCCAACCAGAAGACAACAGGGUGAAGAUCGGGUCGUGGCCAAACAUUGCAUACGGAGAAGGUUUACUGAAAUGUUUUGUCCAUGCUCUGAUGUGAUUAAAGCUGUAUAAUCUGUGGGACGAUGAUGGUAAUCAAAUGUUAUAUGACCGGAGUGUAUUUGUUUUUUCUCUUUCUCUCUUUUAUUGAAAUUAGUGCCAUUUGAAAGGGUGGAGGUGUAGAUUGGAUGCCUUCUACACGGACCUCCACCUCAACUAACACACUUAAUUUAUUUCUACCCCCAUUUCUGUCGGGGGGCACCGACUAACUAUUCCUGAUUAGGACACAUUUCUCAAAGCAAAGACGGAGUUCUGGAUGUAAAAAUCAACUGUGCCAGUGCUAGGUUGGGUGUAAAAUAAGGUGACAGGCAAGAAAUCAUGUUUAGAUUUUUCACAGGUUCUUAAUUUUUUAUUUUUUUUAUACCGCUGUGUUGACUUUCUGUUGUUCAUACGUUCCAGGGUGAAAUAAAACCCUGCUGAUUUAACGAAAUACUAACUUCACACUAAUCGGAGUAAAACUUGUGGGCCUUCAGUGAUCUGUGACGCUUGCUUUUUUUUGGGGGCAUCAUGAAAUGUUUUUUUUUAUUGUCAUUGCUGUAAAGGAUUUUCUAUAUGGUUUAUGCAUGGUGAAAUUAAAUUAUUAAAUAUGGCUUUCAAUUCA